CGUGCUGCGGCUCCUGGGGCUCUGAGGACUCACUGCAGCCCAGAAUAAGGAGCUUGGAGCAGGAGCAGUGCCCAGCAUGGGACUCAAACAGAGCGGACACCAAACGCAGAGCCCUAUGGCUUCCUCUGUGCUUGAUGUGCUUGGCUCUGAGUGCAAGGCAAUCCUUGUUUUAAGGGCAGGGAUCACAAAGUGGGUAGGACAAAACACCUGCUCUGAUGCUUUCAUUUCGUGGUGUGAUAACCAUAAACAUCCAAAAUAGUGGUUUCUAUUUGCACAAACAGCCUCGUGCUCCAGGAAGUUUGGCUUGUUGGGUUUUUUUUCCCUGCAGUUUCAGUUUUGCUUCCCUUUCUUUUCACGUCUCACCAUGAAGCUUCUCCAUGCUGCUGCGCUCUCCAUCCUUGCCCCUGCACUGAUGCCCACCGUGGACCCGCUCAGCACUUACCUCAUUGUGGGGGGUGCAGCCAUCGGCUGGCAGCUCUUCUCCCCCAAUUCCUGGCUCAGGUGCAGCCUCCUGGAGUGCUGCAAUGCAAAGGACACGCUGAAUUUCACAGUCGUGAAGAUGGAUUUGGAGCGAAAAGUCUUUGGGCAGCAUCUGGCUGUUCAAAUAGUGCUGAGAGCUCUGAGCACCAACCUUCAAUCCAAGCGGCCCAAGAAGCCCCUGGUGAUGUCCUUCCACGGCUGGACUGGCACAGGCAAAUCCUUUGUCAGCAGCAUCAUUGCAGAGAACCUCUACCGACUCAAUACAUGGAGGAGGAGGUUUGUGCACCACUUCAGCACGGUGCUGCAUUUCUCACACAGUUCUCACGUCCGUCUUUAUAAGGAGCAGCUGCAGAGUUGGAUUCGGGGCAAUGUCAGCGCCUGCCCAAGGUCCCUUUUUAUCUUCUCCGAGAUGGAUCAAAUGCCGCAUGGUUUGAUAGAUGCCAUCCUGCCAUUCCUCGGCUACCACCAUGAGAUUGAUGGGGUUCAUUACGGCAGGGCCAUCUUCAUCUUCCUCAACAAUGCAGGCGGAGAUAAGAUAACGGAGGUUGCUCUUGAUUACUGGAGGAGGAUGAAGAGGAGAGAAGACAUCCCUGCAGAGGAGCUCCAGGAUCUGCUCUCUGAGGACAUCGUCAGGAACCCAAGCAGCGGUUUCUUUCAAAGCCAAUUGAUCCAGAAGAACCUGAUUGAUUAUUUCAUCCCUUUCCUCCCUCUUGAAUACAAACACGUCAAGCAGUGUGUCCGGGAGGAGCUGCGUGCUCAAGGGCAUCCUGAGGAGGAAGAUCUCAUCACAGGGAUUGCCUCAGCGAUGGCAGAUUAUCCCAGUGAGGAAAGGCUUUACUCCAGCAAAGGCUGCAAGACUGUGGCCUCCAGGGUGGCUCUGAGCACAUAGAGCUGCAUGGCCAUGGCCAACCUUGUGCUCCUGCUGCAGGACCCAGCCAGGCAGCACCAUCAGUGCACAUCUCCUUCCUUGACAGGGAUAGGAUUUAUCCUGUUCCAGAGGGGCCUUUUGUGAAGCUCUUUAAUAAAUCAUAGAAUAUCCUAAAGUUGGAAAGGACCCAUAGGGAUUAUUGAGUCCAACUCCUGGCUCCUCACAGAAGCACCCAGUGAAUCAGACCAUACGGCUGAGAGCCUUGUGCGGGUGUUGGCUGCAGGGCUGGAUUCCCACAGGGUCUGAUGGGGCAGCACUAAUGUACCUUGUGCUGUCACCUGCCAUGUCCCCAUUGCCUCCCAUGUCCCCAUUGCCUUCCAUGUCCCCACACUCUUCCAUGUCUCCAUCACCUUCCAUGUCCCUAUCACCUGCCAUGUCCCCAUCACUUCCAUGUCCCCAUUGACUUCCAUGUCCCCAUCUCUCCCAUGUCCCCAUCACCUGCCACGUCCCCAUCACUGCCAUGUCCCCAUCUCUUCCAUGUCCCCAUUGCCUUCCAUGUCCCCAUCACCCAUCACACCCCCGGGCUGACACACUGCCCUGUUCCCUGGGCUCUAAUAAGGAAGGCGAGCAGUCUGCAGGCAGUAUCAUGGGGUGGGAAACACCAUUAGGGUGACUGGGAGGAC